CUGGACUACGUAGAGCCUGAGCCAGAGAGGAAGCUGAUUAUUCCCAAAGGAACAUACAAAGCCAAAGAGAUCGCCCCUCCCGAGUUGGAGCCCCUCCACAUGAGGUAUGGCCAGGAGCAGUGGGAGGAGGGAGACCUUUACGACAAGGAGAAGCAGCAGAAGCCGCUGUUCAAGAAGAAGCUGACCUCUGUGCGCAUGAAGCGCUUCGGCCCGACCCACUUUGAGUGCAGACUGACCCCCAUCGGAGACCCCACCAUGGUGGUGGAGUGGCUCCACGACGGCAAACCUCUGGCUGCUGCCAACCGGCUGAGGAUGGUGAACGAGUUCGGCUACUGCAGCCUGGACUACGAAGUGGCCUACGCCCGGGACAGUGGCGUCAUCACCUGCAGAGCCUCCAACAACUUUGGGGUGGACCAGACCUCGGCCACGCUCAUCGUCAAGGACGAGAAGGGCCUGGUGGAGGAGUCCCAGCUCCCUGAGGGCCGCAGGGGGGCGCACCGGAUGGACGAGAUCGAGCGCAUCGCCCACGAGGGCGGACCCGCCGGAGUCACGGCUGACGAAGACUCAGAGAAGACCAAACCUGAGAUCGUCCUCCUGCCCGAACCAGUCAACGUUAUGGAGGGAGACAUCGCCCGAUUCCGCUGCAGAGUGACCGGAUAUCCGGCUCCAAAGGUCAACUGGUACCUCAACGGGCAGCUCAUCCGAAAGAGCAAGAGAUACAGACUCCGGUACGAUGGCAUCUACUACCUGGAGAUCACAGACAUCAAGUCCUACGAUUCCGGCGAGGUCAGGGUGGUGGCGGACAAUAAUCUGGGUUCAGCUGAGCACACUGUGAAGCUGGAGAUCCAACAGAAAGAAGACUUCAGAACUCAUCUGCGCCGAGCACCUGAAGCUAAGGCUGCCGAGGCUGCACAUGACUCUGGAAAAACUCAGUUUGAGGUGGUGAAGGCUGAGAAAUCCACAGAGGAGUCUCAGGUCAAGGAGGUGGUAAAGCUUAAAAAGGCCCAGAGGAUCGUUCACGAGAAAUCCACUGAAGAAUCGGCGGAACUGAGGACCAAAUUCAAGCGCCGGACGGAGGAAGGCUACUAUGAGUCCAUCACUGCUGUGGAGCUGAAGUCUCGUAAGAGGGACGACUCCUACGAGGACCUGCUGAAGAAGACCAAGGAGGAGCUGCUUCACCAUGCCAAGAUGAAGGAGGAGGCCGAGAGAAAGAAAGAGGAGGAGAGGCAGAAAGUCACUGCAAAAUCUCUAAAACCAGAGAGGGUUAAGCUGUCCGCAAGCAUGGAAGCUCCAAAGAUCCUGGAGCGCAUCACCAGCCAGACCGUCUCACCGAUGGACGAGGUCCGGUUCAGGUGCAGGGUGGUCGGCCGGCCAGAUCCCGAGUGCCUGUGGUUCAAGAACGGCGUUCAGCUGGAGAAGACGGAGCGCGUCUACUGGUACUGGCCGGAGGACCACGUGUGUGAGCUGGUGAUCAGAGACGUGACGGCCGAGGACUCGGCCAGCAUCAUGGUGAAAGCCACCAACACUGCCGGAGAGACUUCCAGCCACACUUUCCUGCUGGUGCAAGCCAAGCAAGUCAUCACCUUCACACAGAAGCUGGAGGACGUUAAAGCCAAUGAGAAGGACACCAUGGCUACCUUUGAGUGUGAAACCAACGAGCCUUUCGUUAAGGUCAAAUGGAUGAAGAACAACUCUGAGAUCUUUUCAGGAGACAAAUACAGGAUGCACUCUGACAGGAAGGUCCACUUCCUGUCCGUGCUGGUGAUUAGCAUGAAGGACGACGCAGAGUACUCCUGCGUUUCUGUGGAGGACGAGGACGUCAGGACAUCUGCCAAGCUCAGUGUUGAAGGAGCCCCACUGGAGAUCCUGAAGCAGCUCGAGAACGCCGAGGUGCCGGAGACAUAUUCUGGAGAGUUUGAGUGUGUGGUAUCUCGUGAGGAUGCAGAAGGCAGCUGGUUCUUUGGAGAAAAGCUGCUCUCCCCCAGCAGUAAAUACGUAAUGUCCUCCCGCCGUGGACGGCACUCUCUGUCUGUGAAAGAUGUCAAGAAGGAGGACCAGGGGAAAUAUUCCUUCACAGUGGGCGAAUUCAAGUCAACUGCUUCACUGAAGAUGAAGCUGCGACCUUUGACCCUGAUGCAGCCUUUGACCGACCAGACGGUCUGUGAGGGGGAUAUCGCUCAGCUGGAGGUCAAGUUCUCCCAGGAGAACGUUGAAGGAACCUGGAUGAAGAACGGAAAACCAAUCGAAGCAUCUGACCGUGUGCACGUUGUGAUUGACAAGCAAAUUUACAAACUUCUGAUUGAAGAUACGCACAAGGAUGACUUCGGAACGUACUCUUUUGUGGUUCCUGCGCAUGAGAUCUCAACCUCUGCCAAGCUGGUCAUCCAGACUAUCGGGAUUCUGAUCCCACUGAAGGACACCACGGCCGUUGAAGGCACCAAGGCUGUUCUAGAAGCCAAGAUCUCUGCUCAGGACGUCAGUUCUGUAAAAUGGUACCACAACGAGAAGCUGCUGAUGCCCAGCGAGCGAAUCAACAUGGUGGCAAAGGGCGCCAAGCAGCGCCUGGUCUUCACCAGGACGUGUGCUUCCGAUGAAGGGCAGUACAAACUGGUGGUUGGCCGAGUUGACACCAGCUGCAGAUUUACUGUCCAGCCUGUCCAGAUUGUGAAGCCAAUGAAGGACAAAGAGUGCUCGGAGUCUGAGAAUGUCACGUUUGAAGUUGAGGUUUCUCACCCUGGCAUUGACCCCUUCUGGACCUUCAAGAGUCAGCCGCUCAAAGCCAGUCCCAAACAUAAGAUCGAGUCCAAGAAUAAGCACCACGUCCUGACAGUGAUGAACGCCAUGAAGGAUGAGGAGGGCCAGUACAUGUUUGCCGCUGGAGAGAAGACAUGCAGCGCCACGCUCACCGUGAAAGGUGGCGCCAUCACAAAGCCCCUGCAGGACUUGGUGGUAGCCGACUCCCAAACGGCAGUGCUGGAGUGUAAAGUGGCCAAUCCCAGUGCGGAAGGGAAGUGGUUGAAAGACGGCCAGCCAGUCGACUUCAGCGAGAACGUGCUGAGCGAGGUGAACGGUGCCGUCAGACGUCUGGUGAUCCUCAUCACCAAAGCCACCGACAUUGGAGAAUACACCUACCAGGUUGCUACCUCAAAGACCUCAGCCAACCUGAAAGUUGAGGCCGUGAAGAUCAAGAAGACCCUGAAGAACGUGAAUGUGGUGGAGACUCAGGAGGCUGUUCUCAGCCUGGAGCUGACCCAUGAGAACGUGAGGGGGGUGCAGUGGAUCAAGAAUGGCGUGGAGAUCCAGUCCAGUGACAAAUAUGAAAUCACCAUAGAGGGCAUGGUCCACACACUGAAAAUCAAGAAGUGCACCACUCAGGAUGAGUCCGUGUAUUCAUUCAAACUGGGAAAGCUGUCCGCCAGCGCCAGGCUGAAUGUUGAGACCAUCAAGAUCCUGAAGAAGCCCAAGGACGUCACCUCCCUGCUGGGCGCCACCGCCAUCUUUGAGGUCGGCGUCUCGGAGGACGACGUCCCGGUGAAGUGGAUGUUCAAGAACAAGGAGCUGAGGACAGACGAGCACUACAAGCUGCUGUCGGAGAAGAGGACCCAUAAGCUCGUGGUCCAGGACGUGGACGGCAGCAAGGAGGGCGAGUACACCGCGGUCAUCGGACACCUGAAGUGCAGCGCCCGCCUCACCGUCGAGGCCAUUCUGAUCACGACGAUGCUGCAGAACCUGAACGCUCAGGAGAAAGACACCAUCACCUUCGAGGUCACCGUCAACUACGAGGGAAUCUCCUACAAAUGGCUGAAGAACGGGGUGGAGAUCAAGUCCACGGACCGAUGCCAGGCCCGCUGCAAACAACUGACCCACACUCUGAGCAUCAGGAACGUCCAUUUUGGAGAUAGCGCUGAGUACGCCUUCAAGGCCGGAUCCGCCGUGACCAAAGCCAAGCUGCACGUGGAAGCCCGCGUGGUGGAGUUCACCAAACACCUGAAGGACCUGAAGAUCACGGAGAAGAAGAGAGCCACUUUCGAGUGCGAGGUGUCGGAGCCCAACGUGCAGGUGAUGUGGAUGAAGGACGGCCAGGAGCUGGAGAUGUCCGACAGGUACAAGACGAGCUCGGAUAAGUUUGUGCACCGGCUGGUCCUGGCGUCGGUGCGGCUGUCGGACGCGGGCGAGUUCACGGUGGUGGCCGGGUCCAGCACCUCCAGGGCCCAGCUGGCCGUGGAGGGCCGGGACAAGCACCGCGCCACCUUCGAGUUCGAGGUGAGCGAGGAGGAGGUGGAGGGCCGCUGGCUGCGGAACGGCGUGGAGCUGCAGUUCUCUGCGGAGGAGCGCUUCAGCUACGUCUGCAUCCGCAAGCUGCACCGCCUCACCAUCGCCGAGACCUACCGCAGCGACGCCGGCGAGUACGCCUUCAUCGCCGGGAAGAACCGCAGCACCAUGCAGCUGCACGUCAGACAGGAAUAUGAAGUAUACAUGAAGAAACAGGAAGUGACCUUUAAGACUGAAAUGACAGCCAUGGUACCAGAGCCCACAGUGGGAGACAUCCCCCCUGUCACCGUGACGACCAUGGAGCAGAUGACCACCACCAUCAUCUCUGGACAGGAGUUCCACCUGUCCACCAUCGAGCUAAGGAUCAUCCAGGAGAUUGAAUUCAGCAUCAUGCAGUUCAGCUACAGAGAGCUGGUGGUGGAGGACGGGGAGAUGCUGGUGACGGUCGCAGAGGAGGAGGCGGUUCAACCCGCGUUCGACACUCCCGUCAAAAACUACAGGAUCAGGGAUGGGAUGGGCGUCACCUUCCACUGCAGGAUGGCCGGACACCCUCUGCCCAAGAUCGUCUGGUUCAAAGACGGCCAGCGCAUCAGGCAAAGCGACAGGUACCAGAUGGAGGUCCUGCAGGACGGGCGGGCCAGCCUGCGGCUGCCCGUGGUUCUGCCCGAGGACGAGGGCGUGUACACCGCCUUCGCCUCCAACAUGAAGGGGAACGCUGUGAGCUCCGGGAAGCUCGGACGGAGGCCUCAGAGGCCUGAGGACGCUCUUCCCAAGAACCCAAAGGCUGGUUAA